CUCCUGACUCGGCCCCGCGCCAUGGGGAGCAGCCGCGGCGGGCGGCUCGCCUGAGGCGGAGGCGGCGACGACAGCGGAGGGCGCGGCAGUGCCGAGGGAGCCCCGCCGCGGGGGCCGCGACCCGCGCCGCCGGGGAUGCUGCGCUGGGUCCGGCAGCAGCUGGGUUUUGACCCACCGCAUCAAAGCGAUACAAGAACUAUUUAUAUAGCGAAUCGUUUUCCCCAGCAUGGCCAUUACGUUCCUCAGAAGUUUGCAGACAACAGAAUCAUAUCAUCCAAGUAUACAGUGUGGAAUUUUGUUCCGAAAAACUUAUUUGAGCAGUUCAGAAGAGUAGCCAACUUUUAUUUUCUCAUUAUAUUUUUGGUUCAGCUCAUGAUAGAUACCCCUACCAGUCCUAUUACCAGUGGAUUGCCAUUAUUCUUUGUCAUAACCGUGACAGCCAUAAAACAGGGUUAUGAAGAUUGGCUACGACAUAAAGCAGACAAUGAAGUCAACGGUGCUCCAGUUUAUGUUGUUCGAAGUGGUGGCCUUGUGAAAACCAGAUCUAAAAACAUUCGGGUGGGGGACAUUGUCAGAGUAGCCAAAGAUGAGACUUUUCCUGUUGACCUGGUGCUUCUGUCGUCUGACCGAGUGGACGGUUCAUGCCAUGUCACCACUGCGAGUUUGGACGGAGAGACCAACCUUAAGACACACGUUGCAGUCCCAGAAACAGCAGUGUUGCAGUCUGUUGCCAACCUGGACAAACUGGUAGCUGUUAUAGAAUGUCAGCAGCCAGAAGCAGAUCUGUACAGAUUUGUUGGAAGAAUAACUGUAAGUCAGCAAGCUGAAGAAAUAGUCCGACCUCUUGGGCCUGAAAGUCUCUUACUUCGUGGAGCAAGAUUAAAAAACACUAAAGAAAUAUUUGGUGUUGCAGUGUAUACAGGUAUGGAGACAAAGAUGGCAUUAAAUUACAAGAGUAAAUCUCAGAAACGGUCAGCAGUAGAAAAGUCCAUGAAUUCCUUUUUGAUUAUUUAUCUAAUAAUCCUCCUCUUUGAAGCCAUUCUGAGCACUAUUUUAAAGUAUGCAUGGCAGGCUGAAGAGAAAUGGGAUGAGCCCUGGUACAAUGAAAAAACAGAGCAUGAAAGAAAUAGCAGUAAGAUCCUGAGAUUUAUUUCAGAUUUUCUUGCCUUUCUGGUACUUUACAAUUUUAUUAUACCUAUUUCACUCUAUGUGACUGUCGAGAUGCAAAAAUUUCUUGGAUCUUUUUUUAUUGGCUGGGAUCUUGACCUCUAUCAUGAAGAAACAAACCAGAGAGCACAAGUAAAUACUUCAGACCUCAAUGAGGAAUUGGGACAGGUAGAGUAUGUGUUUACAGACAAAACUGGUACAUUAACUGAAAAUGAGAUGCAGUUUCGGGAGUGCUCCAUUAAUGGCAUAAAGUACCAAGAGGUCAACGGUAAACUAACUCCAGAGGGAUUUUCUGAAGAUUCUCCAGAUGGAAAUAGACAUGGUUUGGUGAAAGAGGAAGAACUGUUCUUGAAGGCAGUUUGUCUCUGCCAUACAGUGCAGAUCAAUGCAGAUCAGACAGAUGGUGCUGAUGGUCCCUGGCACGCCAAUGGAAUAACAUCCCCCUUGGAAUAUUAUGCCUCUUCCCCAGAUGAGAAGGCUUUGGUUGAAGCUGCAAGCCGGGUUGGAGUAGUAUUUACUGGAAUUAGUGGAGACACUAUGGAAGUAAAAAGCCUUGGAAAACCAGAGAGGUACAAAUUGCUUCACGUGUUGGAGUUUGAUCCAAAUCGCAGACGAAUGAGUGUCAUUGUGGAGAGCCCCUCAGGGGAAAAGCUUUUAUUCACAAAAGGAGCAGAAUCUUCCAUUCUUCCUCGUAGCAAGAGUGGAGAAAUAGACAAAACAAGGAUACAUGUGGAUGAAUUUGCUUUGAAAGGACUAAGAACUUUGUGCGUAGCCUACAGAAGAUUCACACCUGAGGAGUAUCAAGAAAUUGGCAAACGCCUUCAUGAGGCCAGGACUGCCUUACAGCAACGGGAAGAAAGAUUAGCAGAUGUGUUCAACUUCAUAGAAAGGGAUCUGGAAUUACUUGGGGCUACAGGAGUAGAAGACAAACUGCAGGAGAAAGUCCAAGAAACCAUAGAAGCCCUCAGGUUGGCUGGUAUCAAAGUGUGGGUGCUCACUGGGGACAAGCACGAGACAGCUGUGAGUGUCAGCUUGUCCUGUGGACACUUCCACAGAACCAUGAACAUCCUUGAGCUUGUGCAGCACAAGUCAGACAGUACCUGUGCAGAACAACUGAGGCAGCUUGCCAAGAGAAUAAAGGAAGACCAUGUUAUCCAGCAUGGACUGGUUGUGGAUGGGACCAGCCUCUCUCUUGCACUCAGGGAACAUGAGAAACUGUUCAUGGAAGUUUGCAAAAACUGUUCUGCAGUGUUGUGCUGUCGCAUGGCACCCCUUCAGAAAGCAAAGGUAGUGCGACUGUUAAAAACGUCUCCAGAGAAACCCAUAACAUUAGCAAUCGGGGAUGGUGCUAAUGAUGUGAGCAUGAUACAGGAAGCACAUGUUGGCAUAGGAAUCAUGGGGAAGGAAGGAAGGCAAGCUGUGAGAAACAGUGACUAUGCAAUAGCUCGGUUUAAAUUCCUCUCCAAGUUGCUUUUUGUUCAUGGGCACUUUUACUAUAUUAGAAUAGCAACCCUUGUACAGUACUUUUUUUAUAAGAAUGUGUGCUUUAUUACACCACAAUUUUUAUAUCAGUUCUUCUGUUUGUUUUCACAACAAACGCUCUAUGACAGUGUAUACCUGACUUUGUACAAUAUUUGUUUCACUUCCCUGCCUGUCCUCAUAUACAGUCUGUUUGAGCAGCAUGUGCAUCCGCAUGUAUUGCAGAGUAAACCCGUGCUCUACAGAGACAUCAGUAAAAAUGCCCAUCUGGGGUUUAAACCAUUUCUUUACUGGACCGUCUUGGGCUUCUUUCAUGCAUUUGUUUUCUUUUAUGGCUCGUAUCUUCUAAUGGGAGAAGACACUUCUCUGCUGGGAAAUGGCCAGAUGUUUGGAAACUGGACAUUUGGUACUUUGGUCUUCACCGUUAUGGUUAUAACUGUCACGAUGAAGAUGGCACUAGAAACUCACUUCUGGACAUGGAUAAACCAUUUUGUUACUUGGGGAUCCAUUGUAUUUUAUUUCAUAUUCUCCUUGUUUUAUGGGGGAAUUAUCUGGCCAUUUUUACAUACCCAGGACAUGUACUUUGUAUUUGUUCAGCUGUUGUCAAGUGGUUCUGCUUGGUUUGCCAUAAUCCUCAUCGUAGUUGCUUGUUUGUUUAUUGAUGUUGUGAAGAAAGUGCUGUACAGACAUCUGCAACCAACAAGUACUGAAAAAGCUCAGAUGUACUCCAACAGAGUUGCUUUAAGUGACGAGUUCAUCGCACUGCAGCCAUUGUCCAGGGCAAGGAAUCAGCUGAGCAAAAUUAGCUUACUGAGGCAGGUUCAGGUAUCAACUGCUUGGACUCCAUGUGCUGCUUCUCAGAUGGGGAAACAGCAUGCACACCUGUUAGAAGAAUGUUGGAACGACUAAUGGGAAGAUGUAGCCCAACCCGGGUCAACAGUGUUUGUAAGGUUACCGAAGAAACAUGCAUUUAAACAAUUAAGGAGGAACUUAAGAAUCCAUCUGUCUGCCAAGGUAUAUUUUUCUAUUUGCAGUAAAUCUAAGUCACUAAUGUCUCAUUCAGAGCAUAGACACGGUUUGCAUUAGAGCAGAUUUUUUGCUGUGACAAAUACUUUGGAUGGAAGAAGUGACUGGGGUUUUGUGUUGAUGUCACAAAGCUUUUAAAAACGCUUCUAUUCAAGGAAGAAGGACUUUGUGUAUUUCUUUGACAGCUGAAGUGUAGGAAACCAUUCACUGUGCAUUGGGCACGGUGCAGAAUCCUUCGUGGAGAAGCCAGAACAAAAUCCAGCUAAUUCGGUGUAACGCUGGCAAUCGUCCCGAGUCAGAGCGGGACGGGGUGGGGGACAAUUUGCCACGGGGAGGAAAUGUCUUAUUAUUCUCCCUUAGCCUUGAAAUCCAUAAAAGCCUGCAGGAGGUGUUUGUAGUUCAGAGCAGGAGUGGUGUACACUCUGCUUUACUAUGCAGUGUCUCUGAAGAAGCACCUUCUCCACGGCCCCUCCCAAAUGGGAUUGCGUUCCCAACAGGUCAGUUCUCGUUCUGGGAAAAACAGGGUUUGGUUUUGUUAAUUAGGAAAACAUAAUCUUAGUUGCCAAGCUUAAGCUUUUAAAAGGAUGCGGUGGAAAAGACUUCAGUGGGAAGGUGUUUUGAGUUGUUUCACAAACUAAAAUGUAAAUAUUCUGCUUAAAAGUAUUCUGUAUAGUUUUUAAGGUUACAGGUGGGGAGGGGGGAACAAAAACUGCAAAGGAAGGAAUCCUGAAAUCUUGGGCUUUAUAUUUUCAGAGUGAUUUAUUGUUUUCGAGUGCAAAAGGUAAUUUGAGAAAAGCUCAUGCAAUUUAGAAUGCAUAUUAGGCAACUACAGUUUCUUACUGAAAACCUUUGGUAGUACUUUCAAACAUGUUUUUUAUGACAGUGUAACUUCUAUAUAAUUGGAAUAAAAUAUCAUUUUCCAGUGAUAGAGGUGUCUCAAAGCUGUAGUCCAAAUUUUUUUUCAUAGUUUGAUACUUCUGUACUUCUAAGGAGUUGUGAUUUUGGCGAAAUUCAGUGUUAAAGUGCUCAAGCAUAAUAUGUGCUUCUGAACCAUUUAUUUUUGAGCUACUUUGGGAUUCUCAUUUUUUGGGUGUAGAAUCCCUAAUAACUCGCCAUCAUCGCUGGACUCACCACUGCCUUGUUUGUUACACGGAUGUCCCUGCUUACCGUUGUUCCUCGAACUGGGCAAACCACUCACUAGGGACUAAUUUUAGCCUUUACUCUGCUCCUAAAUUAGUUCCCAGCUAGACUCUCUUCUUUGCAGAUCUGGGUUGGGUUUGGUUUGGUUUUUUUUUUUUUUUUCUGCAAACAUUUUUACUGUUGGUUGUUCUGUACGUUCUUUGCUUCUGUUGUUUGCUUCCAGCGGCAUGAUUUGUCUGGGUUCUGCUCUCUGGGAAUGCCUCAGUUUGUAACAGGAGGAGGAGGAGGAGAGAACGCGAUGCUCGUGGCUCUUAUCAGCUCUUGCCAUCAGUCGUCUUAGCAGCGCAUUUGCAUCGGUAUUUGCGAGGCUUCUGCUUGCCGUAGAUUUUUUUUUUUUCCUUCAGCUCGAUCCUGCUCCCGGAGGCAUCGGGACUGUCCCGGCGGGGAGCGCGGGUGGUGCUGGUUGAAGGGAUGUUCCCGUCGCUCCCGGGCUCCGGCCGCGCUGCCCUCGGUCGGUCCCGUCAUCGCUGCAGAGGGGCCGCGGUGGUUUCCAGGCUGUAAAUGCACCGAUGUGAGCGGAGGGGCCCUGGGCCGAAGCUGUGCCUGCAACGCGAUGAAAUGAACGUCAUGCUGUUUGUGGCACAGAGUGGGACUUGUCUGAAAGAAACCCUGGCCUGGCCUGGGGUUGGGGGGGUGGAUUAAUUUUUCCUCAGCAGGUUAAAGGAAAUUACUUCAUCCAUCAGCAGGUUCUCAACCUUUUUGCAUUUUGACAACGGGCUAAAAGAUAAUCUCUGGGGGAAAUGGUUAAAAAUGAGUCUCACCUUGCUGCAGGAGUAUCUUAUUUUUAUCUCAAAGAACAGAUUUUACAAUUCCUAGUUGCAGUCCCACGAGAGAUUUCGGGUCCUAUGCAUACAAAAACAACAGACCAUCUCAUCUCCUGUUUUUUCACUGAAGUGUGAUCAAGUUCUGCCUUUCUGAGGAAGAAAAAAAAAACUGGAAUGAUAAAAUCUCUGCAAGAAGUACUGUUUGAAAGAUGUUGAUCCUUAGUUUUAGGCAAAUAAAGGGCAUUGCCAACUGGAAACUAGCAAUAAUUAGUACAAAGAAUUUUGGACCUCUGACACUGUGGCUGCCUCAUGUUGGUUUUGCUCCUCUGACAGCGAGGCUGUGUGCUUGCUCCUUGUACAGCUUGGUCAGUAGAAGUUGUUUUGGAAAUGGUUUAUGAAAAUUAUAUUUAUUAAAUAAAACUUUCACUUCUAGC